UCCUCAGGCUCCAGCGGGGAGAAGUUGCCCUGCUCCUCACAGGCUGCGUGGGAGGGUUGUUGGUCGUGCCUUGCUUGGCAGAUGUGAAGCCAGAGAUUCCGGUGGAUCAUUAUUUGCUGGCAAGUCUCACCCACCUCUUUGGGACCUUGAGGUAGCCAGGUUGGUGGGUCCAUGUGUGGGUCUUGGGGAAUGAGGGGAUCUUGGCUCAGUGGUGUGGGGUAUGUGAGGUGGGACUGACACCCAAGUCCUGGGUUGGGAUGUCCACAAGACCUUUUUGGCAGGAGAUUCAUAUCCAAAGCCCACUCCCUGCGGAGUGUCCUCAACCCUGAGCAAAGCCAGGGUGACACAGCCUCUGCUGUGCACCCAGCAGUGCCUGGCAUUGUGGUGACACUGUGUUUAAUGUCACUUUCCUGCCUGGGAAUGGCCUCACUGCCCAGACGAGGGGCUGCAGUGUGUCCCCAUGCUGGUGAACCCAGGAAAUAUGUCAGAAGGUGUUUCCUGAUGGAUCAGCCAGAAUGGGAACUCUGCCCUCACAAACCCUCUUAGUGCAGUGUAACAGGGAUGGGAACCCAGGCUCCUGCAUGUCCUUCCAAUCCCACUGCAUUUGGGGCAGGGCAUCCACAUCUGUCUGGGUGCUGGGACAAGUGCUGGGUGGUCAAGGCUCAGGAUGGGUUGAGUGUGUUGAGCAGCCUGUUUUGGGGUGGAGGAGCUUCCUGCUGAGCAAAUGGGCUGUGGUCCCACCAGGACAUGCACCUCUGCCAUGGCUUCUUGCAGGUGACACUGGGGGAAAUCUGGGACUGGGGUCCUACAGGAUGCACUGGGAAUGAGCAUUGGGACUGGGCUGUGGGGCUGGUGUCUGUGUGGGGCUGGUGACUGUGGAGUGGUUGUCCUGGAUGUCAUGUCCUGAUGGUCCCACCUGUGCUGCACCACCAUCCUCAGGUUCCAAGGGCUCUGGGGUCAGCUGCUGCUCCUCCAUGCUAAGCCGGUGUCUGUUGGUCCUGCUGGCUGUCUGGGUGGAUGUGUCACUUGGAAAUGUGGGGAAGGGCACAGGGGCUGCCCCUGCGCGGCAGCUGCCAGGUGGAAUAUAUGUCACGUUCCAGCAUGAAUUACAGUAAUUGGCUGUCAGAGGCUGUGCUGGCGCCUGCUCUGCCUCCAAGGGGGAGUAUGAGCAGCUCAAGCUUUGAUGCUCUGUGUGCGGGGGAGUUCCUGUCCCCACCUUGCCAUUUGUCCCCAGCCCAGAGACAUGUCCCCACGUGCCUGUGGGGACACGGCCGCUGUGAGCCACAGACAUGUGGGCGUGUGCCUCUCUCCAACCCCAAAUACUGUGGUGGUUACAGCAGCUGGCUGGGAGGUGAAAGCCUCAGGCAGAGUCUGGCCCCAGCGGGUGUGCACCGGGAGCCUUGUAGAUUAAAGGCAGCCCUUGACCACAAGGUUCUGGCUUCAGGGUAGACACACUGGUAUGUGAGCAAUGCGGGUGUUCCUCUGGCACAAGUCAGGCAGGCAGGAGCAUGACCAUCUCCUUAGGCUGGGGUCUGCUGUGAGACAUGGGUGUCCCCAGGCAUCCUCCUGGCACUGAAGUGCAUGGGCCACCAGGCUUGUCCCACCACACUGGGACAUGAGCCUAGGGACAUCCUGGCAUGAGCACUGGCAGCUCCAGAGUCCGUCACACCAAGCAAUAAGAACAAGUUGUUGGAUUGUGAUGGUAACCAGGUGCUCAGGAAAACUAAGAUUAUCUCAGUGCCUCUUAUCUUUUCCAGGAGCCCAUGAUUAAGCUAGGGUGAUGAAACAGUGCAAUGUCCGUCUGUCUCUCUGUGCUGUCUGUCUGGUGUCAUGCUGUGCCUGUGCAGGGGUUUGGAGGGAGUAGGGAGGGAGCCUGUGUGGGAGUCAUGGAUUAAAAAGAGGGCAGGUUAGCAUUAGCAUGGCAUCAGUGUUGGCAUUGGUAUUGGCAUCAGCACUAGGAUCAGUGGAUAUGGCUCUGGGUAUGAUCAGUGGGAUCAGUGGUUAUAGCUCUGGGACAGCUUGAGGCCACAUCUACCCCUCACAGUCCCAACCCACCGAGCCCCACCACACAGGCAUUGGGACACGGGCAGAGCUGGGGCUGAGGGUGGCUGUGUGAACUCUGGCUUUGCACUGGAGCACAGGUGAGCUGGGUUUGGGGUCUGCCCCCCUGUUGCCCCAGGCAGUGCCGUCUCUCCUUUGUGGGGAAAUGGCAGCCACUCCAACCAGUUUGUGGGUCUGGGUGGUGGCACCUCCUGCCCGAGGCCUAAUGGAGGGCUGGAAGUGCUGGUACGGAUGCCAAGGAGCAAACAAGAGCUGCUUGUGUCCUGCCGGGCACGGAGCCCAGCAGCCAGAGGGAAGAAUGUGCUCCUCCCCCAGCAUGGGGCCAUGGGGGGCCAGAGGCUGGGCUGAUGCUGAAGCAGUCACUAUGAGCUGGAGGGAAGUUGAGGCAUGAAGGAAUGAAGGAGCCCCAUCCAAGUGAUGGAGCAGAGGGUUCUGGCCGGCAUGGCAGAGAUAUCCUGGUGCCUGGACACUGGCUCUUCCCCUUUAGCAUCCCAGACUGAGCCCCAAUGCUGCCCUGGGCAUGUCCUGCCUGCUCACAGCAAUGGGAUGCACUCCUGCACCUGGGUGGCCUGGUCCCAGUCCCCUGCGUCCUCCUCUGUGAGAGCAACCGGGAUAUUAAGUGUCAUCGCUGGAGGGAGAAAUACAAGUGGAAGAAUCCUGGGAAACUGGUUCUUCCCCUCCGUCCGGUGCCGGCGGCAGGCCGGCGGCUGGGGCGACGCUCCUCCCUCGGCAAAGGCAUAUAAUGCCUGCCAUGGUCCCGGCUGCCGGCACUGCGCGGCGGGAGGCGGGCAGGGAGCAGGCGGCCAGCGAUGGCCUCCAUGGGGAUGCAGGUGCUGGGCAUCGCGCUCUCCGUCAUCGGCUGGUUGGCCUCCAUCCUCUGCUGUGCAUUGCCCAUGUGGCGGGAGACGGCCUUCGUUGGGAACAACAUCGUGGUGGCGCAGAUCAUCUGGGAAGGGCUGUGGAUGAGCUGUGUGGUGCAGAGCACAGGGCAGAUGCAGUGCAAGGUAUAUGACUCGCUGCUGGCCCUGCCGCAGGACCUGCAAGCUGCCCGUGCCAUGGUGGUGGUGGCCAUCAUCCUGGCCAUCCUGGGCACCCUGCUGGCCGUCGCUGGCGGCAAAUGCACCAAUUGUGUGGAGGAUGACACCGCCAAAGCCAAGGUCAUGAUCCUCUCUGGCAUCAUCUUCAUCAUUGCCGGUAUCCUCAUCCUCAUCCCCAUCUCGUGGUCAGCCAACAGCAUCAUCCAGGACUUCUACAACCCGCUGGUCUCUGACUCGCAGAAGCGGGACCUGGGCUCAUCCCUCUACGUGGGCUGGGCGGCCUCGGCGCUCCUGCUGCUUGGGGGGGGGAUCCUGUGCUGCACCUGCCCCCCCCGCGGAGAGAAGCCCUACUCUGCCAAGUUCACGGCUGCUCGCUCGUUGCCAGCCAGCAACUACGUGUAGGAGCCGCCGCGCCUGCCUGGAGCCCCCGGCCGCUCCAGGGUGCGGGGACCUCCCGGGACACGCAACCUCCCCGGCCGGGCUGAGACUGGCCGGGAGCCGAGGAGGUGCGAGGGAAGGCAGACAGAGCCGCCUUUGUUCCACCGGGGUUGAAGCCGGUUCUCUAAUCUCGGUUGAGACAGGGGACAAGGAGAUCCUGUCCUGGCUGUCCGCGGUGGGGGCUCUGCUGCCCCCGGAGCAUCCAGCUAAGGCAUCUUCUCCGAGACAUCACCUGAUCUCCUCGAGCAUUUCCUGGCUCCCGGUAUCGGGGUGUGCCAUGUGGUGACACAGCUCCCAGGAGUCCGUCCCACGGGUGGCACAGGGCUCUCUUUCCCCGCGUGAAGCUCCCCGGGACGUGUGUGUCCCUCGGGGUGGGUGGCGGUGUCGGUGCUGAUAGGGACCGCGAACAUGUUCUACGUGGUCUCAGGGACGUAGAGCAAACCCCGUAAGGGUCUUGAAGGGUGACAGGGGCUGUCACCUGCCUGUUCUCUAAAUUUUGACUUUGACCUACUUUCGGGGCUCGGAGCGGCUGUACAGAAUGUGAUUUCUCGUGGCAGCUCCCCAGGGCGGGGGCAUCAUUAUCCUGGGAGUGGGAAGGCAGCGGUCGGGCUGGGAAAACCGGUCGGGGAGGCGGGAGGGAGCGGGGCUGUGCCCCCGCGUGGUGGGAGGCGACUCCCGGACCCGACCCCAUCCAUCGCCCCAGAGUGGGGCGCCCAGGGCCGGGAGUGCAGUCUCACGGUACCCCUGGCUGUGCUGCCGUCCUUCCCCGUGUUCAGCCUUCCCGCAUUAAACGGCAGCUGCUCAGA